UCAAUAUCAUAAAAAUACGACGACGAAGUUGGUAUACACUACAAUUGACUUUGGCCGGAAACCCCCAGUAUAAAUCCCAUCCCAUCAUCUUCUAUUCUGCUCUCACUUCUCACUCGAAGCUGGUUGUUCUCCCGUCUUCACUCAUUCUCUCCCUCAUCUAGCAAGCUCAUACUUUCUGCCCUCUUCCAAAACAUAAUCCUCAUCGUCUUUCUCUCCUCGUUUUUUAACCUACGGCCUUGAGUUCGUGUUAAUUAUAUAUGGUGUGUUUUGUUGAAGAAGCUAAUUGCUGGUUGAAUGGAGGGAGGGAUUCAUACAGGGACGACAGAUGCCUCUGCUUUUAGAGACUGCCUCUCUUCAGCGUGGAAGAACCCUUAUGUUCUCCGCCUUGCUUUCUCUGCUGGGAUUGGUGGCCUUCUCUUUGGAUAUGACACCGGAGUUAUAUCCGGUGCUCUUCUUUACAUUAGAGAUGACUUCAGGUCUGUUGAUAGGGAGACUCUGCUACACGAGAGCAUUGUGAGUAUGGCAGUUGCCGGAGCAAUCAUAGGAGCAGCAAUUGGUGGAUGGGCGAAUGACCGAUAUGGGAGGAGAAGUGCAAUCCUCAUAGCUGAUUUCCUAUUCUUCACUGGAGCUGUUAUCAUGGCUUCUGCUCCUGGCCCAGCUCUUCUCAUCAUUGGUAGAGUUUUUGUUGGACUCGGUGUUGGAAUGGCAUCUAUGACUGCCCCUCUCUGCAUUUCAGAGGCUUCUCCUGCAAAAAUCCGAGGUGAUCUUGUCAGUGCCAAUGGAUUUCUCAUUACUGGCGGCCAGUUCCUCUCUUAUCUCAUCAACUUGGCCUUUACCAAGGCACCAGGAACAUGGCGGUGGAUGCUUGGGAUUGCAGGAGUUCCAGCUCUGCUGCAGUUCAGCCUAAUGCUUCUUCUUCCAGAGUCCCCCCGCUGGCUAUUUCGCAAGGGAAGAGAAGAAGAAGCCAAAGCCAUCCUCAGGAAAAUAUAUCCAGUUGAUGACGUUGAAACAGAAAUCCAGGAUCUAAAGGAAUCAAUUGACAAAGAAAUUCUGGAAGAAGGGGGUUCUGAGAAGAUCAAUCUCAUCAAACUAUUGCAAACCAAAACAGUGAGAAGAGGACUCAUUGCAGGUGUUGGCCUUCAGGUUUUCCAGCAGUUUGUGGGCAUUAAUACAGUCAUGUAUAAUUACAGUCCCACUAAUACCAUGGUUCAGUUGGCUGGUUUUGCUUCUAACCAAACUGCACUCCUCCUCUCACUUGUCACUGCUGGGUUCAAUGCCUUGGGCUCUAUUGUGAGCAUAUACUUCAUUGACAGGACAGGAAGGAAGAAACUCCUAAUCAUCAGUUUGUUUGGUGUCGUAAUCUCUCUUGGACUUCUAUCAGGAAUUUUCCGUGAGACUACAACUCACUCACCGAUCGUUAUAGCAACUGAAUCAAGCUUUGCUGCCUACACCUGCCCAGAUUACAGUUCAGUCACAAAUGCUGCUGGUUGGGACUGCAUGAAGUGUUUGAAGGCUUCACAUCCAGAUUGUGGGUUCUGUUCUUCAGCUUCUGAUAAGCUACUGCCAGGAUCAUGUUUGAUCUCAAAUAGCACAGUCCGUAAGAGCCAUAGGGAAUGGUACACAAGAGGAUGUCCAAGCAAAUACGGAUGGGUUGCACUAAUUGGCCUGACACUCUACAUCAUAUUCUUCUCUCCAGGAAUGGGUACUGUCCCAUGGAUUGUCAAUUCUGAGAUCUACCCUUUGAGGUUUAGAGGGGUCUGUGGAGGAAUAGCUGCCACUGCAAACUGGAUCUCAAACCUCAUCGUUGCCCAGUCCUUCCUGUCCUUAACACAAGCAAUUGGGACAUCCUGCAUUGUAAUUUUUGGGAUCAUAUCUGUUGUGGCUUUGAUCUUCGUCCUAAUCUAUGUGCCAGAAACAAAGGGGCUUCCAAUCGAGGAAGUUGAGAAGAUGUUGGAGCUUAGAACCCAGCACUACAAGUUCUGGGAGAAGAGUUCUGGCCCAUUAGAGAAGAGCCAAGAAAUGUGAGGAGUGGAAGGAUGACAUCCGUUUGAAAUUCGAAUUAGGGCUUUCUUAGGGUAUGCCUUGUUUACAAUCUAGCAAAGCAUAUAACGUUUCUCACCAGUUGAUGCCUUCAUGAAGAAUGGGACAGUCCUCAAUUUGAGUCAAUAGUUCGAAUGCUAAUCAAGUCUUACUUAA